UGAGAUCAUCUUUUUGCGGAGGAAGGAAUCAUCCAUCUUCCUUCCGGCACAUUCCUCCGAGCUCCGAGCUCGGACCACAACGGCUUCCAUGGCCGCUGCCGACCCCGCCACCGCGGCCUCCUUCUCGCGGCUCUCUUUCCGCCGCGCGGUCUGCCCCUCCCCGCUCCGGCUCCCCUUAUCACGGACCCCUCCGACCGGUCGCCUCCGCGUCUCCUCCACCGUCGUCGCUCUCCACAAGCGCAACCCCAAGCGGCUCAAGUACGCCGCCGAGCGCCAGUUCAAGAGAGGGGACACCGGGAUGCUGCGGGUGAAGGUGGAGCCCUCCGGCGAGGACUUCUGGAAGCUGGACCCGGUUAUCGACCUCAUCAAUCGAGGCGCUGUGGGAGUUAUCCCUACUGACACUGUCUACUCCAUCGUCUGUGAUCUGAGUAACAAUGAAUCUAUUGAGCGCCUUCGCAGAGUGAAAGGCAUUGGAGACUCAAAGCCUCUCAGCAUCUUGUGUCACUCAUUACGUGAUAUCGAUACCUACACAACAGGAUUUCCUCGAGGUACCAACCAAGGGCAAGCUAACAUUUUCCGUGCUGUCAAGCGUGUAAUACCUGGGCCUUACACCUUUAUUUUACCUGCAACCAAGCAAUUUCCCAAACAAUGCAUUAGGCAUGGUUCUUCCACAAGGUAUGCAAAAAGGAGGCAGGUUGGCGUCCGAAUUCCAGAUGAUCCCAUCUGCCAGGCAAUAUUGCAAAAUUUGGAUGAACCUUUGAUCUGCACAAGUGUCAAAUAUCUAUCAGAGGAUGAAUGGAUACUUGAUCCAGUAAUCAUUGCCGAUCUUUAUGAGCCACUGGGCCUUGAUUUCAUUGUUGAUGGUGGUCCUAGAAUUGCUGAUCCUUCUACUGUGGUAGAUAUGACGGGAACGAACCCUACUAUAAUUCGUCAGGGAAAGGGUCCGAAGCUGGAGUGGAUGGUAGCAGAAGAUGAAGAAGAGGAAGCACAAUCGACUUUCUCUUUUAAAGCGGCUUGAAAUUUGCUUCACCUCACCUACUGUAUGGUUUUGCAAUGCCCCAACUGAAGCACCAUCUUUUGACUUCAUAGGAUGUGAGUAGUAGUAUAUAGGACAGAACACGGAAUGGACAGUAGACUGCAUGCUGUAAAUACGACUGCGAGUUGGCAGAAUUUGCCCAGCAGCGACCUUUGCUGGAGAAUUGGAGAGUUGGGUGCUGAUUCUCUUUAACUUGA